CCUCACCAACGCCUAUCAGUUUCUUCUCAACGUUUCAUUACCAUGCAAACAUCCACCGUUCCUCGCUCCGCAAACACAAGCAACAACAAUCGCAAACAGUUAGAGGUGCGCACACACGACAUACGUAGAUACACAGAUGCAUACAUAGAUACAGCAAGCUAACAGUUUGAUGCAUUGAUUGAGAUAAAGAUACAAAAUGAGAGUACCGACAAAAAUAAUUUUUCUUACCAAAAAGAAGAUAUGUAACUAGAUUUAGCUAAAUACCCAGAACCUGAAAAGCUUAGAACAUUCGCUUUCAUAAAGUAACACUUGGAACAACAGAUACCUCGUUGUCGCUGAACUCAUUGUCCCUGACUUCCGUUCUGCCGCCAACGGAUCCCGAUCACCAUAAUCCACACAGUACACACAGUACGCACAACAUGAACAAGCUGUGCCGCCAAGUGUCAAUUGAGUCGCCCGGUCCGGGCGCCAAGAACUGCGUCUUCAACUUCUUCGUGCCCAUCGAGGACACGCCGGCGUUGGGCGCCCGCAUCCGGAUCGUUUGCGCCGGAGCCUGCUAUCGUCGUCGCGAUCGCGCCAACUCCAUCACCAGCAUGUCCUCAGUGUCCUCGGAGCUGAGCGACUACUGUCCGUCGGUGAACUCGAUGUCCUCGCCCGCACACCAGGGCAUCCGGGAGGGCUCCUUCUUUCCCGGCUUCGAGGUGGCCGGCGUCAUCGAGUCCCUGGGCUCGGAGAUCACCGAGGCCAACAACCGUGGCCUGCGCAUUGGACAGCGCGUGAUCGUCUAUCCGUUCGAUGAGACCCCAGCCGGCUAUGCCGAGCUGCUGGUCGUGCCGGACCUGAAGCACGUGGUGCCCAUUCCCGACAGUCUGCCCAUGGAGGUGGCCGCCAUGCUGCCGACGGGCGCCCUGCUCGCCUGGAAUGCCGUCUUCAAGGCUCAGGCCGUUGUCACACAGAUUCUCAGCCAGCGGGCUGCCACGGAGCCGAAGCGGAAGCCCAAGAUCCUCAUCGUGGGCACUGGCGGCCUGGCACUCUGGGCCGUGCGCAUCGCCUCCUAUCACUUUGCCACAACUGGAGCCGACAACGUGGACAUCACAGUGGCCAGUCUGCGGGACGAGGGCUUCCGCCUGGCCACAGAAAUCAAAAAUGUCAGCGUGGUCCAGUGGAACGAAUGCCUGUACGAGCCGCAGCUGAUCGAGCGCACCAAGGACGUGUGCGGCGGAGCCGUGGACGUGGUCAUUGACUUUGGCACAACCUCCAGGAGUCUGCACCGCUCGAUGCACUGCUUGUCGAAGGGCGGCGUUGUGCUGAUCAGCGACGAGGUGGCCGAGAAGCUGCUGCCCAAGUUCUCGCGCCUGUCGGAGCAGUACCAGCAGGAGAUCAUCGCCAUCUCGAACGGCACCGCCGAGCAGCUGGCUGAGCUGGUGGAGCUGGUAGCCAACAAGAAGAUCGAGCCGCCGCCGCACUCCGUCUUCCCCUGCGAGCAGGCGGCCGAGGUCAUCGCCAAGCUGUGCAACUCCGAGAUACCCGGACGCGCCAUCCUCCGUUUCCACGACAUUGAGUAGGCGUGGAGGAGGAUAUGGUUCCCCAUCAAGGCAUUAACUCAUUUAAUAUGGAUAUCUGUUAGCUGUAUUCGGAAGACAACCGACAAAACCGACAAAACAACCUGCAACCUGCGACACUCUCGAAGCGGAUUCAGAAAUGUGCUUAUUUUGUAGCCGGUCAUUGUUUUGUAACCUUAAUUUUGGACUGCAGACGAACUCCUCGUUUUAAUUGAUUUAGCGUUUUAGGCAUUUUUAGUAUUAUGUACAUAUAGAUUGUGAUUUAUUUUAUUUGUAAGCCACCACCAUGAUUCUACUUUUGCAAAGUCACCCAUCACAUCGCCAUAUUAGCCGGAGUCAAAAUUCGGCGGCUUCUUCAAUGAUUUUCGAUUAAGCAAAAAGCCCAGCAGAAGCGGAUUACAAAAUAAAUGUUAUACAUACUAUACACGAAAUUGUUACGCAUGCGAUGCAAAUGUUUGAUUCAAUUGCUUGAUGUUUGUACUCAUUACGUACCCAACAUUAUACUCUACUCUUAUUCACAAAUAAAAACCAUUAACUAUC